AUGGAUACUCUUAGGUCCCUGCCUCUGGACGGAGAGCUGCCCUCGCCGUUCCUGGUGUGGGGUCCGAUUACCAUCGGUAUCCUCCUCAGUGUUUUCGGGAUGGGUAUCUUCCUCAUGCAGACCAUCGCAUACUUUGAUGAUACCGCGUCAACCGACUCCAUAUCACUCAAGAGCGUCAUCCUUCUCAUUCUUGCCCUUAACAUCGGACAGACCAUAACGGACUGCUCGAGGCUCAUAAAGAUAGACGUCUGGCAUGCGGGUGACAUUCUCUAUCUCUCCAACGUCCGCGCCCGCCCUGAAGAGGUCAUCUCCCCCGGCAUCUCCCUCGCGAUCUGUACCAUCGCUCAGAUCUUCCUCUUACGCCGCUGUGUCAAGUUUGCCAGACUGGCUACGCACACCUUCCAGAACCGCGGUGGGUGGGUGCAGUACUCGAGGGUGGUCUGGCGCGUGGUGCUUUUUCUCGGAAUCGUAUUCUCGGUGGUAUGUGGUGUGAUUUCGAUCAACGCUCUAGGACACCUCAACAGUCUGAUCGAAGCGGAUAGGAAGAAGUACCCUGGUACGACGCUUGCCCGAUGGAGUACCGCCUGGCUUAGUCUUACCUCGGCGACCGAUAUCGCAUUGUCUGCUACGCUUUUAUGGGAACUGCACGAUGCUCGGAAGAAUGAAGACACCUCAUACAAGGGCAAGCGGGCUCUCCGAGCCAUGAUCCGCGUGGCUUGGAGUAACGGUGUCCUCGUUGGUGCCCUCCAGCUCGUGUCGCUCCUCUUCCUCGAACUCGAAUCAUCCUCAUGGGCCGACUUUCCCCAAAUCUUCAUCUCCAAAGUCUACUCCAUCACCCUCCUCAUGAGCAUCACAUCCCCCAUCUCGGCCUUACGAUCCGGCAGACCCCCUCCUCUUCCCACACCUGCGACAGCCGGCCGACACGUCACGCCGCUCACGCCCAACCCGCUCCCCGUGCUCUUCAUGCACAAGAACCCGAGCAGAGAGUGGUCUCCCUAUUCCGAGGAGAUGGCGACUCCGCAUGGACACGGACUGCAGCCUUUCCCGCUCCGGAAUGCGGACUGUCAUAGCGCGGAACACGCGCGCGGGGAUGGUCGAGCGAGGAUUGCGAGUCUUACGUCCACGUCGGAUUGGGAGGCGGAAGCGAUGGCGGAGGCGAUGGGUGAGGAGGAUGGGUAUGGGAAGGGGAAAGGCUUGUGGAUGGGGGAGGGAAAAAGUGAGGAGAUGGAGUCGACGAGUGUGUGGGAGCCAGAGGAGCCCGAGAAGAAGCCUAAGCGGGUCCCGGAGCACUUGAAGGGGAAGGACGAUGUACGAAGCAAUAAGACGGGUAAAUCGCUCAUGGGUGCUCUUGGUAUCAAGCUGCCGAAGACCAAGAAGGAAGAUAGGCGCUUGAGCAGAGUGAGGGAGGAGGAGUUCAGUAUGGACGUCAGAAGUGCGGGUGAGGCGGUUGGGGCGGGUGGAGGUGGGGUGGGGGGAUUGGGGAUGAAUACGUUUGGGUCGGUAGGGGGAGAAGGAGGGUAUGGGAUGGGAAGUAGGACGUUUGGGUCGGUCGGCGACGAGGGGGAGUAUCGUUUUCCGUGA